AUGGGAUUCCCAAAGCAUGUUGUGUUGAAGUCCAUGUACAACAACAAGUACCUGCGCUGCAUCGACGAAGCAGGGAAGCAACAGGGCUUCCUGCAGUUCUCCGGCGACGAUGCUGCCAGCGUCGAUUCGAGGUUCGAGAUCAUCACAACAUCCAGCGGACUCAUUCACCUCAAGUGCUGUUCCAAUAACAAGUACUGGCAGAGAUCGUCGCCGACCCAGUGGUGGAUCCGGUGCGGCCCUGCUGCCAGCCCUGUAAAAACACAAUCGAAUUGGUCCUGUACGCUGUUCGAGCCCGUCCCUGUGGACGGUCUCGACGGGGCGUUCCGGUUUCGACACGUCGAAUUGAAGCAGUACGCCGGCUCGUUCAACAGCGGGCCACCCUUCGGCGACUGCUUGUACGCAGGAUCCGAAGAUCCCAACGAAGAGGACCUGCGCGAUGUCUUCGUGGUCAUCGACGCAACGUCGUCCAAGAAACCGCCUAGGAAAAAUGUUACCACCACAUUGCCGAGCUUUGUAGCAAUCAAAUCAAGGUACAAUCACAAGUACGUCCGGUACAGGGGUGGUCGCGGCGACGAACAAGAGGGUUUCCUCCAGGUUUCGGAGGAAAACCCUGCCGCAAUUGGCGGGUAUGCGAAAUUCGAGGUGGUCAGGGCCAAGAACGAUGGUGAAUUGGUGCACCUGAAGUGCUGCUCCAACAGCAAAUACUGGAGGAGUUCGUCCGAAGGUCGGUGGUGGGUUAGCGGGUCGGCUGCGAAACCGAAGGAGAAUUCGUCCGACUGGGCGUGCACGCUGUUCAAGCCUGUCUAUGUCGACGGUGGCGGCGGCGAUGGUACGUCGGUCCGGCUCCUGCACGUUCAGCUUGGACGGUAUGCUUGCUUGUUCAGGAGCGAUUCGGCGUUCGGUGGCUGCUUGUACGCGGCCUCUGACGAUCCUAGUCCGGACAUGGCUGAUGUGUUUACAUUCGUCGAUUGGGAGUCGUUCGAAUCCAAUGAAGAAGAAGAAGACUAUGAUGGUGGAGAUUCAGGGGAAGAAGAAGAAGAAAAUGUUGCUCCGCCGAAACGACCACCGCCCUCCAGCAAAGGAAGCCAUAGCAGCGGGAAGGGAACCGGGGAGGAGAAACCGAAUAAUCCUGGUGGCCAAACCGACAGAGAACAAAAAUCGCGUCCUCCUCGUAGGACUCCCUCCGGUCCAUUCGAACCCAAAGAAGAUGACUCUGAUGGUGGAGAUUCAGAGGAAGAAGAAAAUGUUGCUCCGCCGAAAAGACCAGCGCCUUCCAGCAAAGGAAGCCAUAGCAGCGGGAAGGGAACCCGGGAGGAGAAACCGCCUAAGCCUGGCGGCCAAACUGACAGAGAACAAAAAUCGCGUCCUCCUCGUGGGACUCAAUCCGGUCGAUUCGAACCCAAAGAAGAAGACUCUGAUGGUGGAGAUGCAGGGGAAGAAGAAAAUGUUGCUCCGCCCAAAAGACCACCGCCCUCCAGCAAAGGAAGCCAUAGCAGCGGGAAGGGAACCCGGGAGGAGAAACCGAGUAAGCCUGGUGGCGAGCGUGAGAGAGAACCGAAAUCCGGUCCUCCUCGUGGGACUCCGUCCAAUCGAUUCGAACCGAAAGAAGAAAACUCUGAUGGCGGAGAUGCAGGGGAAGAAGAAAAUGUUGAUCCGCCAAAAAGACCAGCGCCUCCCAACAAAGGAAGCCAGAGCAACAAGAAGCGGUUCUCGGAGGAAAAACCGACCAAGCCUCGCCGCCAGCGCGAGAGAGAACAAAAAAAAUCCGGCCCUCGUGGGGCUCGAUCCGAUCCGGUAGGCGAUACAGAGGAGGGAGAUCCCAAGGCCGUCUCAGACGGGGAAGAUCGAGACGGUCCUACACCUCAAGAGAGGAGACGAGAAGACAAAGAAGUUCGCGGUGAAUAUGGAUCGGAUGGAGAGGAUGGCAGGAGCAAUCCGAACAGACAAAAGUGGAAAGAAGGUUCAGAGGCAGAGCAGAGGCAGGGGAUUACCAAGGCGAAAGGGAGUUACGAAAUGGAGUUUACCAUGGUGCCUCCUGCAAAUGAAUUGUGGGGAGCUUUGUUUGCCUCCAUGGAAACGAUCCCCCCAGCUGUCCCCGAUUGGUACUCUUCGAUCAAAGAAGUUAAAGGCAAUGGGUUCACUGAACACUCUAUUCGUAAAAUCGAUUUCGUCAGAGAAGAGCCCAUGUACAAUGGCUGUGUGGUGAAAUGGAAGUGUGAAUAUACGAACUCAAGGGACUUGAAUCUUAAAGCCAUGCACAUACUGGUUCUCGCCACCUUCAGGAAUCUGGAACUCGAACUCCUCUCGUCGGCUUCCAGACAACAACGUUGA